AUGAGGAAACAUCUCUUGGAGUCGUCCAAUAGGAUCUCUGCCACAGCACAUCAAGGGAAUAAUUCUGAUGGUUUUCUAGAUAAAUCUUUCUGCUCUAGAAUAGUAAAGGUUGAGUUACCAGUGCGUGUGGAUUUUGUUGGGGGCUGGAGUGAUACUCCUCCAUGGAGCCUGGAGCGAGCUGGCUGUGUCUUGAAUAUGGCAAUAACUUUGGAAAGUUCUCUUCCCAUUGGUGCCAUCAUAGAGACAAUAAGAAGAACGGGUGUAUUAAUUAAUGAUGAUACUGGAAACCAGGUAUAUAUAGAAGAUCUUACGUGUAUUGCAACUCCAUUUGACAGCGAAGAUCCAUUUCGUCUUGUCAAGUCUGCAUUGCUUGUUACUGGUAUUAUGGAUAACAAGAUCCUUGAAUCCAUGGGCUUGCAUAUUCGCACAUGGGCAAAUGUUCCCCGUGGCAGUGGGUUGGGGACUUCCAGCAUCUUAGCAGCAGCUGUUGUGAAAGGACUUCUCCAGAUAACCGAUGGAGAUGAAAGUAAUGAAAAUGUUGCCAGACUUGUUCUGGUUUUGGAACAGCUUAUGGGGACGGGAGGAGGCUGGCAGGAUCAAAUUGGAGGCUUAUACCCUGGCAUUAAAUUUACUGGAAGUUUUCCUGGAAUACCGUUACGGCUUCAAGUCGUUCCUCUGUUGGCUUCUCCUCAAUUGACUAGAGAGUUGCAUCAACGAAUGCUCGUGGUUUUUACUGGUCAAAUUCGACUCGCACACCAGGUCCUACAAAAGGUGGUGAUUCGCUAUCUCCGGCGGGACAACCUGCUUGUGUCCAGCAUCAAGCGUCUUGCUGAACUGGCAAAGGUUGGGAGGGAAGCUUUGAUGAACUGUGACAUAGAUGAGUUGGGUGAGGUUAUGUUGGAGGCUUGGAGGCUGCAUCAGGAACUUGAUCCUUAUUGCAGCAAUGAAUUUGUUGACAAGCUCUUUGCAUUUUCGGCCUGCUAUUGCUGUGGCUACAAGCUUGUGGGUGCUGGUGGUGGGGGUUUUGCUUUGCUACUGGCAAAAAAUGCCGAAUCUGCUAAGGAAUUGAGACAUUUACUUGAAGAAAAUUCUAAUUUUGGCGUAAAAGUCUAUAAUUGGAGCAUCUUUUUACAAACUAGUUGAGGGAGAUUAUAAUUUAGUAUAUAUAUCAAUUACAAAAUUAUUUAUUUUGUAUUUAUUCAUCUGUCCAUUGAGAUGUGUAUCAAGAGCAUUGUAACAUGAUUCCUACAAAUUUAUUUAACUUCUCUAUGAUUCAAGUU